UCAGCGUUCACUUUAGCUAGCAUUCAAAUGGAGCAGCUCUGGCAGUGGAAGAAGCAGGCUAGUAUUGAUUACCUGCUGCAGCAGACCAUUGUGCCAAGAUUAUUUUUUUGCAGCCAUUGCUGAAACUCAGGAGGCUCUGCUGAACAACAUCAGGUUAUUUUCCUAUUUUUUUAAAAGAAAAGAUACUAUUUAAAGAAGACUGAUUGAGUGUGGAUUCUGAUUGUGUGUGUGUGGAUUUACAUACUGGAUUUUAACAGCUGAAAAUGAAGUAAGAUGUAGACUGAAAUCUGCUUUUGAGAAAUGCCAAACUGCAAUUUCACGCGGGAAGAAAACAGCCCACUUAUGGUAAUGUUAGAGGAGUAGCUAUUGGAGACAAUCUGCUGCCCCCUGAUACUUCAGCAAGACAAAUCACUAGACUCUAGCAGCAAGAGAACGGUUCUUCAUGACAAAAUGACAGCAAGAGAACACAGUCCCCGCCAUGGUGCAAAAUCCCGCACUGUGCAACGGGCCUCCACUAUUGAUGUUGCCUCUGACAUGCUAGGCCUUUCCCUAGCAGGAAAUAUCCAGGAUCUAGAUGAACCGAUUUUAGAGUUCAGCUUAGCUUGCAGUGAGCUGCUCACUCCCUCGCUAGACCGAAAACCAAAUAGUUUUGUAGCAGUGAGCGUAACUACACCUCCUCAGGCAUUCUGGACAAAGCAUGCACAGACAGAGAUUAUUGAGGGAACAAGCAAUCCUAUCUUUCUAAGCAGUAUUGCCUUUUUUCAAGACUCUCUUAUCAAUCAGAUGACACAAAUCAAACUCUCUGUCUAUGAUGUUAAGGAUAGAUCUCAGGGAACAAUGUAUUUACUUGGUUCUGUGGCAUUCAUGGUAAAGGAGCUACUUCAGGAGAAAAAUCAUAGGUUGCAUUUAACACUAAGGUCUGCUGAAAGUGAUCGUGUAGGUAACAUUACAGUUAUAGGAUGGCAAAUGGAAGAAAAAACUGACCAAAGGCCACCUGUAACAAGGUCUCCUGAUACCAUUAAUGGGAGGACAGUCUUGCCAGUUGAUGAAAGUUUAACAGAAUCUCUAGGAAUCAGAUCUAAAUAUGCUUCAUUACGGAAGGAUGCAUUACUGAAAUCUGUGUUUGGUGGUGCCAUUUGUCGGAUGUACCGUUUCCCCACAACUGAUGGGAACCACCUGAGGAUCUUGGAGCAAAUGGCUGAGAGUGUACUGUCACUGCACAUCCCCAGGCAGUUUGUGAAGCUUUUGCUUGAAGAAGAUGCAGCAAGGGUUUGUGAAUUAGAAGAGCUGGGAGAGCUGUCUCCCUGUUGGGAAAGCCUUCGUCGACAAAUAGUUACUCAGUACCAAACAAUUAUACUAACUUAUCAGGAAAACCUAACUGACCUCCAUCAGUACAAAGGCCCCUCGUUUAAAGCAAGCAGCUUGAAGGCUGAUAAAAAAUUGGAAUUUGUUCCUACAAAUUUACACAUCCAGAGAAUGAGAGUCCAGGAUGAUGCAGGAUCAGAUCAGAAUUACGACAUAGUGACCAUAGGUGCGCCAGCAGCUCAUUGUCAAGGCUUUAAAUCAGGUGGCCUACGGAAAAAACUGCAUAAAUUUGAGGAGGCAAAGAAACACAGUUAUGAGGAAUGUUGCACUUCCAUGAGCUCCCAAUCUAUAAUAUACAUCCCACAGGACAUUGUUAGAGCAAAGGAGAUUAUUGCACAAAUCAACACCCUCAAAACUCAAGUCAGUUACUAUGCAGAAAGGCUCUCAAGAGCUGCCAAGGAUAGAUCAGCUAACGGUCUGGAAAGAACACUUGCCAUUUUGGCAGAUAAGACUCGGCAGCUUGUUACUGUCUGUGACUGCAAGCUUCUGGCAAAUUCAAUACAUGGACUAAAUGCUGCAAGGCCAGAUUACAUAGCCUCAAAGGCGUCUCCAACCUCUGGAGAGGGGGAACAGGUAAUGUUAAGGAAUGAUCAAGACACUCUUGUGGCAAGAUGGACAGGAAGAAACAGCCGAUCUUCUCUGCAGGUGGAUUGGCAUGAAGAGGAAUGGGAAAAAGUUUGGUUGAACGUUGACAAAAGUCUGGAGUGCAUUAUACAGAGAGUGGACAAACUUCUCCAGAAAGAGCGUUUGCAAAGUGACAGCUGUGAAGAUGUUUUCCAGUGUGACAUCAGCUGUACGAGUAAGAAAGGUAAUCGGGAUACUCGUGCAUACUGGAUAAAUCCAAAAGAUUUAGAUGAGACUUCAUCUUCAUCAUCCUCACCACCGUCUUCAUCCAUUUCAUCUUCUGCAUGCCAUUCUCACAAAAACACAAAUUGCAGCCCCCCUCCUGAAGAGUCCAGCCCAGGUGAAUGGAGUGAGGCUCUUUAUCCCUUGCUGACAACACUCACAGACUGUGUAGCCAUGAUGAGUGACAAGGCAAAGAAAGCCAUGGUCUUUUUGUUAAUGCAAGAUAGUGCUCCUACAAUAGGUCUGUGCCUGAGUCUUCAGUAUCGCAGGGAUGUUGUCUUCUGCCAGACUCUGACAGCUCUUAUUUGUGGUUUUAUUAUCAAACUGAGGAACUGCCUGCAUGACGAUGGAUUCCUGAGACAGCUCUAUACCAUUGGUCUUCUGGCACAGUUUGAGAGCCUUUUGAGCACAUACGGUGAAGAGCUGGCAAUGCUGGAGGACAUGAGUUUGGGAAUAAUGGACUUGAGAAAUGUAACCUUUAAAGUAACGCAAGCCACAUCAAAUGCAUCUUCUGACAUGCUGCCAGUCAUUACAGGAAAUCGUGAUGGCUUUAAUGUGAGGAUUCCACUGCCAAGCGCCUUGUUUGAUAUGUUGCCCCGAGAGAUUCAGAGUGGCAUGUUACUGAGAGUUCAGCCUGUUCUCUUCAAUGUGGGAAUCAAUGAACAACAAACCCUGGCAGAGAAGUUUGGAGACACCUCAUUACAAGAAGUAAUUAAUAUGGAGAGCUUGGUUCGGUUGAAUUCAUAUUUUGAACAGUUCAAAGAAGUUUUGCCUGAUGAUUGCCUACCUCGAUCUCGUAGUCAGACGUGCCUGCCUGAACUGUUAAGAUUUCUGGGACAGAAUGUACAUGCAAGGAAAAAUAAAAAUGUUGAUAUUCUUUGGCAAGCUGCUGAGAUAUGCCGCCGACUAAAUGGUGUUCGAUUUACAAGCUGUAAAAGUGCCAAGGACAGAACAGCCAUGUCCGUGACCCUAGAGCAGUGCCUGAUCCUGCAGCAUGAACAUGGAAUGGCUCCCCAGGUUUUCACCCAGGCUCUGGAGUGCAUGAGGAGUGAGGGUUGUCGACGGGAAAAUACAAUGAAGAAUGUUGGAUGUCGCAAGUAUGCAUUUAAUUCCCUGCAACUGAAGGCUUUCCCAAAGUAUUACAGGCCUCCAGAAGGAACUUAUGGAAAAGUUGAAACAUAAACAUACUGUGUCCUGUAGUUGCUGUUACAUUAAAACAUGCGGAUCCAUUCUAGUUUAAUAUAUGAACUUGUCAUCAAAACCAGAUAAAUACUUUUUUUGUACAUUUCACUAGAUCAUAUUGAGCAUGUUACUUACUGAAUUGGAAUCUGUAGCAAUGAUUGUUCUGACACCUUAGCUUGAGAAUAGCGUGAUGACUCUCUGCCCAUUUAAAUAGCCUUCAGUGUAUGUAAGGUGAAUAAAUACUGUAUCAUUGAAUAAUUGCAUAUAUGCAACUAGCUAGGUCUCUCCUGGAUGGCAAGGACUUUCUGAAUGGCACUUAGGCAGCUGUUUCACCUAACAUUUUUUUAUACUGAGUUGACUUGAGAUUGAACUUUUCAUAAUACUUUUUAAAAUUGAGUGUGAAACCUCAAAAUUGUAAAUAAUAAAGUGACUGGACCCUACACAGUCUGAUAAUUGCAGAAUGCAUUAUUACAAUCCAGAAACAAAAGUUUAAUUUCAAGAAAAAUCUCAGCACAAUCAAAGUCAGGCAUUAAAAUGCUUUACUGUAUAAAUAAUGCCACCUUUCCUGUAAAAAGCCAUUAGUGUACAAUGCCAGACACUUUACGUGAAGCCUCGUCCCAUUUCAAAUGAAGCCAAAAUUUCCAUUCCUUUCACUGGGAAAGGAAUGGGCUCUCAGUUGCCUGAUUUAUUUUCAGCAUUUUUUUCAAACAUUUAUGUUAUGGCACUUUCUUAGCUGUUAAUGCCAACAAACAAAAUGCUAAAUUUCAAAUGCAUUCUCAUUUUCCACUACUGUAAUUUAUCAAGCAGCACAAGAAGCAAGCUGACAAUGUUACACAAAAAAUGCUCGAUAACUUUUGCAUUAUUGUACAGUCAGUAACACAUUUUCCCCAGGGCUUUUUAUAUCAUUUCCAGGUUAAUAGUAUCUGAUUUUUCUGGUAUCAUUUCCAAUACCUGCCAGUGCAGCAAUGCUGUAUAAAUGCUCAUUGUUCCCAAAAAUUCCACGGAAAAAUGUGUUUCUGUUUAGUUUUGCAUUUUACCCAGCUGAGCUUUGUCAGAAUGACAGGCAGGGAAUAGGAGUAUCUUGCAAUAUUUCUGAUUACGGUAGGGUUGUCCUGUUUUGAUACAAAAUAACUGUUAAUGCUUUUAAGGGCAUACUUGUUCCAUCUCAUCAUGACUAAGGUGACCUGAUAAGUAUUUUGAGAAGAAAUGUUCACUGGAUCUCCUUGGAAACAGACUUUGCCAGGUUAUAGAGUC